AUGGCAAUCUCAGAUCGGAGCGGGGCCACCCGCCCUAAACUGCUGUUUGGCUUCGCCAGCAACGAAGAAACUUCGGCGGCGUCCAGCACCAUCUCUCUCAGCUCUGUCCUCUCAUCGUCUCCACUCCCAGCGUCAUCUAUUUUUUCUCAAAAUCAGAAACUUCAGUUCGCCCAAACAUCUGGACAGUCUCUGGCAUGCCUCAUAGAGAAGAAUGCGUCGCAACCCACGCAUUUAUGUAUGAUCAGCGCAUCCUUGGAUAUUCUUGAAGAGGCUUCUACCUCAAGCUUUGAAGAUCAAGUUUCUGCUGCGAGCAAGCUUUCAAACCUGGCACUGCGCCCUGAUCUACAGCAGCAGAUGUCGACAGAGCCAUUGCUGGAUCGACUCGUGCAAUGCUUGAUUUCAGCUCAAGACGAGUGCAUCCAACGCUUCAUAUGCAUGGCAAUAUGCCGUUUAGCAACCAACAAGGACCUUAUCCCCAAGCUGGUCAAUAACAGAUGCUUGGUAGAAACGUUGAGGAACAACGCGGCCAAUUUCGAAUCCGGGCACUGGAGACAAGCAGCGCGCACCCUCGCGAUCUUCAUUUACCGAGCUGGCAGCCAGCAUCGAGAGCUGCUGUGUCAGCAGGCUUCUUUGGAAUGCAUCAAGAGGCUGAUUCAGCUGGAGCAGACUGAGAUCCAAGUGGACGCGCUUCGAGCUCUGCUUCCCUUCACCAAGAUCGAGGACGGGGUCAAGAUGCUGUCAGCGUCAGACGUGUGGCACACUGCACUCAGAGCGGCUUCCAAUGGCGGCGUCUUGAUGGUGCAGCAGCUGGCGGCCAACAUCCUGCAGUCCGCGCUGGAUUCAAGCUGUGGUGACGUGUGCUUGUGCAACGAGUCGUUCAAGCUCUUGUGCGAUCUGUCGAGGAAAGCUCGCCGGCACAGCUCGGGUCAGAAGAACGUGUUUGCUGAGCUAAUCUGCCGCCUGAUGGUUCUCAACAAGUCGAACAUGGAAGUCGUCUCCUCAUACGUUGAGUCUGGUGCUUGCCAUGAAAUUGUCAGCGUUGCGACACUCAAGGAAAUCAGAACCGGGUUGAGUCGCCAGGAGGAAGUGAAUGAGGCGAUUGAAUAUUCCGAGUCUGACAUUGAGGAGAUUAUUCGUUUAUCCGAGCUUGUCUCCAUCUAG